AUGCACAAAUGUGACGCUGCUAUAGACGCUAUUGCCGACAAGGUGACGGAUAAAUAUAGAUUACCAUUCUCAAAGCUCAGAGAAUGGUCCGAAGGAAUUGAAGCUAACAUCCACAGGCUUUUAUCCGAAUACUCGAAAACUGGUGAAUUUAUGCAUCGAUAUUUGUACGACUUAAAAACGGAAUUCCUGGAUACCCAACUUGCCAAAAUUCACUAUAAUUUAUACGCACUGAAAAAUGAAGAGUUUUCGCAUACACAGGGCAGGAUCCAAAGUGCCAUCAAGACUGUGAUUGCGAUUGUUGAAAACCUGGAGACUGUGCCGAGUGACGUGAGAGAGAAGAGGAGAAAAGCAGACGAGCUUAUGAAAAAAUUGAAAAUCGAUGUAGAAAGCAUUGUGAUAGGUAUUGAUCUAGCUAUAAUUACAGCCGAUCAAACGCUAACCAAAACUAUCAAUGACUUUGUAGAGGAAUUAGUCAAAUGUGAAAAAAUGUGCAAGCAAGCCGUAGACGAUCUUCGGAAUAAUAUGCUUAAUCAAAUCAAAGCUUCAUUCUUAAUCGUCACGUCUAGCGUGCAGCAGCUCUUUGCAACUGAACGACAGGCGGACUUGAGAGCUUUGGAAAUGUUAGUGGAAAGCCAAAGUAUUAUUAUUGAUGGACUCAUAUCCAAUGCCAUGAGAACAGGCGUCAUAGGCUCUAUGAAAACCUUGAGCGGUGUUCCUGCUGGUCAUAAAGGUGAUGUGACGGAAGAACAUAAUUUGCUUAUGCAGCUCAGAAAGAAAAUGGAGGAAGACGGGGAAAAGGUAGCAGAGUUAGUUCCCUACGUCCGUGCCUAUCUCCGUCCCAUUAUCGUCUACAAUAAAGACGAAAUCGAAAGACUUAUCGCCUCCCACCCUUCUCCCUCCACCGACUACCCCUCUCAACUCAAGGCCAUUUUCGACAAACUCGUCGAACUUCUUAAUCACCUCGAAAAAGACAAGUUAUAUAACUACGACCAUAAUUUCGUUGAUUUACUCGCCUCCCUCAACUCUCUUGUUGACUCCCUCUCUCCCUCCUUCACCUCCCCCUCCCCCCUCCUCGCCCCCCUCAAGGCCGGCCUCUCCAAAUUCGCCGAGCAACUCGGCCGCGCGUACGUGAACAGGUACUCGGGUAAACGAUUCAACGGGGCUUUGUUGAAGGAAGUGGAAGAUUCUGACUCCAAAAAAGCUGUUCCUGCUCUUAAACAAAAAUCUGAGAAAAAGUACGAUUUAACCCCUGAGGGCCGCAACUGCGCCAAGGUCUGCCUGACGAUAGUGGAGAUGGUGAAAGGGGAGUUGGAUGUGUUGAGAGAGAAAUGCAAAUUAGAUUGGCAUUCCAAACAAAUAGAUCGUAUUAGUGUUCUUGGUUCAUUUUUAAGUGAUUGCGGUUACGUUGUUUCCAAUAGGGAUAAGCAGGACGGCGAGUUGAGGCGUAGUGACCAGAUGAUGGGUUCACAUAUUCAUGCAAAAAUUAGGCAGGCACUUACGAACGUCGAAAACAUCAAAACACAUCUUUUGAAGUGCAAAUCAAACGAGGAUGAGAAGACCGGCAGAGAAAAGAAAAGUGAUAAGUUCCACGUCCUUGAUGUACUUGCCUGCCUCCAUUGCCACCUGGAAACGUACUAUACUCUCGGCCACAUGGCAUCUUUAACUGCCAAACGUAAUCCAUGUUCUGUGUACGAGAUGCUAGUUUGGUGCGCUGGUUUGCAUUAUAAUUCGGUUUACGAGAUAUUUGUGCGCGAUGGUUUCACUGGUCUGAUGGAGAAGCCGAAGAAGAAGAUAAUACAGGCGAGCGACGACGGAUUGGAAUUGGAUGCUGAAUAUGACGAUUUGACAGCGUACUACGUGGACGUGUUCCCGAGUAAGAUCCGAUAUGAUCAUAUACAUUCUGCCAUCAACCAUAUUUGUGCAACAUCGCAUGACGUGCUGACUCGCAUCAUCGGUCACGGCGACGAAUACACAACGUACGGCGUAGACUUCUGCAAUAACUCUCUCAAGUUCAGAUAUCCGACGUCGGCUGAGGAAUGCCUUGACAUGUUCCUCGACAUCCUCCGCAGAUUGUUCCCGCCGCUCAAAUACCUGGAGACGCAGUGCAGCACCGCCGCGAGAGAGUACGGGUGGGCAGGUUGCCAUUAUGGCAAAGACGUACAGACAACCAACUGGCCCUGUAACGAACACUCUAGCACUAAAGUAACGUGCCAACCAAAUGGUCAAGCAAAGUGCGAACCAAAUUGCCAACCAAAAUCGCCUUUAAUGUCCUAUCUUAACGAUUGCUUACCUGGCCAUUUACCUCAUGCCCUGACUGACAUCGGCUGCAAAGCGAAAUGUACUACCUGCCCUAGAUCCACGCCUGGAAUGCCCUGUCUCACUCCCCUAGGAUUCCGAGGUUUCUCCGGGACCAAGCGUGAAGGCAGAGACAUAAGUGACGUGCUAGGCAAAUUCUUUGACAACGGCAACCUUAAGGUCCUAUUCAGCUUGCAAGCUAAAACUCCAUCUACGUUACCGGAACACUUCGGUUUUGCAUUAUCCUUUGUAAAAGGGUGGAGUGAUGUGACAGAUACACGAAAUCAUAGCAUUAAGCAGUCCAUUGAAGCAUCCAUCGCCGACCGGUCUAUUAAUCUAUAUGAGCCACCCAGCACGCUCACCGACAAACUGCGUGACGCAUAUGGUAGUAAGCAUAUUCCUCAUCUCAAUAAGCCACAUCUAUCUGUAUACGCUGACUUGUCAAGUCUUGCGGUAGCUAAACCAUGUUCGGUUAAGGAUGUCAACUGCGCUCCUUAUCUCUCAUCCCUAUGCAUCGAUUCAUAUCAUCACCUUGCAAAGAAACAAUCCAACACCUACCUCUCCUGGUCCAUCUACCUCCCGUGGACAUUCUGGGACCUACUCAACAAUCUCUACAACGCCUUCUGCUCCAUCAACUGCCAGGACUGGGGAUGCCGUGGAUGUCUUCGUGGUGAUAAGUGUAAGAAGGGGGAGCAUGGUGUUGUUGAUGAAGAUAAGCCAUCUGCCAUUUGUCAAUGCAGAUCCAUCGUUGACUGCAAGGGCGUCGCACCAACGCUCUACCAGUAUGGUUUCGUCUUUGGUGAAGCGUCGACGCUGAAUGACAAGGCAUCGCCGAAGACGUGUUCCGAUUUCUGUAGUCAGUUGAAGAAUGUGUUGCAUUCGAAAUAUUUCGAGAGAUUGUUCGAAGAGUGUGACAACUUCCUGUGGAAGAUCCGUGAACCAUUCUCCUACCUUGUCCUUGCCCUCUGGCUUUUCUCCUUCCUGUACCUCCUCCACAUCAUGGUCAUCCGCCUCGACCUCCUCCACAUCAAAUCGCAUCUACAUAGUCCCUCAUCACAUCGCAUCGCCGCUCAAUCACUACUCGCCGCCGCACGUGUUAACAAGCUUAACAGAGUGUUUUAUCUGCAACCAUAA